CAGUAAGACUGAAGGAAGAGUUUCGGCCAGACAAGGCCAUGGGCAAGGCAGUUUGGUGCCCAUCAAAGACAUCAGGGCAGAGGACACCCACAUACUGUACACGUGCGAAGUGACAGAAGAACAAUUGGAACCAGAUCGAUUUGCACCGUCCUCAUCCGUCAGCUGGGAGAAGUGGGCGGUAAGACGACCAGGAGCCGGCUCGGCCGGGCGGCCUGGCUUCCUUACCGCUGGGGAGCGGUUUGCUCUCCCGCCCGCCCACGUCUCCCGAGGCAGCUACGGCCGGGCGGCGAGAGUGAGAACACAUACCCGCCGGUCUUAGGCCUUUCCUGGGUCUCCCUUCACCAACUUGGCGCGGCUUCCCUCCCUCGAGUCCACGCCCCCGACACGCGCGUGCGCAGAAAGUCCCUGGGAAAACGUCACCUCGCUCCGGAAGUCUCUAAAGCCGUCGGCGCAGAGGCCGCCGGGAAAACAACGCCGGGCCGGUGCAAAGCUGAGGCGGGAUCGCCCCAGCCGGGAUAAUUUAGCUCGCCCUCGGGAAGGCCCCAGAGUGGAAGGCAAGAGGAGGCGGCCGCGCGUGGACCUGCAGACGCCGGCUUUUCGCCGCGGAGCCCACCUGGUACCUCUCCGCUUGCUCUUCCGGCAGGCGUCGUGAGCGAGUGCGCUUGCGCGCCGGACACUCCGCGCGCCUCGCCGCUGACCGCGCACCGGCCGGCCGGCAGCGGCCCGACGGUUCUGGGGUUGCAGGCGACUUGCAGCUCAGCUCGGCUGCGCACCGGCGAGCAGCAGCAUGUCGCGGAGGCGGCAUAGUUACGAGAACGAUGGUGGGCAGCCUCACAAAAGGAGGAAGACCUCUGAUGCAAAUGAAACUGAAGAUCAUUUGGAGUCUUUAAUAUGCAAAGUAGGGGAAAAGAGUGCGUGCUCUUUGGAGAGCAAUCUAGAAGGCUUGGCUGGUGUUCUGGAAGCUGAUCUUCCUAACUACAAGAGCAAGAUCUUAAGGCUUCUUUGUACAGUUGCACGCCUGUUACCUGAGAAGUUGACAAUUUAUACAACGUUAGUUGGACUGCUGAAUGCCAGAAAUUACAACUUUGGUGGAGAAUUUGUAGAAGCCAUGAUUCGCCAACUGAAAGAAUCACUAAAAGCAAAUAACUAUAACGAAGCUGUCUAUUUGGUCCGUUUUCUGUCUGAUCUUGUGAAUUGUCAUGUGAUUGCUGCCCCAUCUAUGGUUGCUAUGUUUGAGAAUUUUGUAAGUGUGACUCAGGAAGAAGAUGUGCCUCAAGUGCGACGGGAUUGGUAUGUGUAUGCGUUUCUGUCCUCUUUGCCCUGGGUUGGAAAAGAGCUGUACGAAAAGAAAGAUGCAGAAAUGGACCGCAUCUUCUCCAACACUGAAAGUUACCUUAAAAGACGCCAGAAGACUCAUGUGCCCAUGUUACAAGUUUGGACUGCCGAUAAACCACAUCCACAAGAAGAGUAUUUAGAUUGCCUAUGGGCCCAGAUUCAGAAAUUGAAAAAGGACCGGUGGCAGGAAAGGCACAUCCUAAGACCCUACCUUGCCUUUGACAGCAUCCUCUGUGAAGCGCUGCAGCACAAUCUGCCUCCUUUCACACCGCCACCUCACACGGAGGACUCGGUGUACCCAAUGCCCAGGGUCAUCUUCAGAAUGUUUGACUACACAGAUGACCCAGAGGGUCCUGUGAUGCCAGGGAGUCAUUCGGUGGAGAGGUUUGUCAUAGAGGAGAACCUUCACUGCAUCAUAAAGUCCUACUGGAAGGAAAGGAAAACUUGUGCUGCACAGCUGGUGAGCUACCCAGGGAAGAACAAGAUCCCCUUGAACUACCACAUAGUUGAGGUGAUCUUUGCAGAGCUGUUUCAGCUCCCAGCGCCCCCUCACAUCGAUGUGAUGUACACUACACUGCUCAUCGAGCUGUGCAAGCUUCAGCCUGGCUCUCUGCCCCAAGUUCUUGCACAGGCGACUGAGAUGCUGUAUAUGCGUCUGGACACGAUGAGUACUACAUGUGUAGACAGGUUUAUUAAUUGGUUUUCUCAUCAUCUAAGUAACUUCCAGUUCCGUUGGAGCUGGGAAGAUUGGUCUGAUUGUCUCACUCAGGAUCUUGAAAGUCCCAAACCAAAGUUUGUAAGAGAAGUUCUAGAAAAAUGCAUGAGGUUGUCUUACCAUCAACAUAUAUUAGAUAUUGUUCCUCCCACCUUCUCAGCUCUGUGUCCUGCAAACCCAACCUGCAUUUACAAGUAUGGAGAUGAAAGUAGCAAUUCUCUUCCUGGACAUUCCGUGGCACUCUGUUUAUCUGUUGCUUUUAAAAGUAAGGCAACUAAUGAUGAAAUCUUCAGCAUUCUGAAGGACGUACCAAAUCCUAACCAGGAUGAUGAUAACGAUGAAGGCUUCAGUUUUAACCCAUUGAAGAUAGAGGUCUUUGUGCAGACUCUGCUGCACUUGGCAGCCAAAUCCUUCAGUCACUCCUUCAGUGCUCUUGCAAAGUUUCAUGAAGUCUUCAAAACUCUCGCAGAAAGUAAUGAGGGGAAGUUACAUGUGCUGAGAGUUAUGUUUGAAGUUUGGAGAAAUCAUCCACAGAUGAUUGCUGUCCUGGUUGAUAAGAUGAUUCGAACACAGAUUGUUGACUGUGCCGCAGUAGCAAACUGGAUCUUCUCAUCGGAGCUGUCUCGUGACUUCACAAGGUUGUUUGUUUGGGAAAUUUUGCACUCCACAAUUCGUAAGAUGAACAAACAUGUUUUGAAGAUCCAGAAAGAGCUAGAAGAAGCUAAAGAGAAACUGGCAAGACAACACAAACGACGAAGUGAUGACGAUGACAGAAGCAGUGAUAGGAAAGAUGGGGCCCUGGAGGAACAAAUAGAACGAUUGCAGGAGAAAGUGGAGUCUGCUCAGAGUGAACAAAAGAACCUUUUCCUCGUCAUCUUCCAGCGUUUCAUCAUGAUCCUAACUGAGCACUUGGUACGAUGUGAGACUGAUGGCACCAGCAUUCUGACCCCGUGGUAUAAGAACUGCAUAGAGAGGCUGCAGCAGAUCUUCCUGCAGCAUCACCAGAUAAUCCAGCAGUACAUGGUGACCCUGGAGAACUUGCUUUUCACUGCCGAGCUAGACCCUCACAUCCUGGCUGUGUUCCAGCAGUUCUGUGCUCUGCAGGCCUAAUAGUCAUGUUUCUUCCCUUUUUGUUAUCUUGAAAUAAUUUGUCUUAUUUUUGAUGGUUUGAAUGUUUGCUUUCUUGUAGUAGCCUUUCACUUCCUACGGAAACAGGGGAGGAGAGCCCAGAGUAUGACAUUUCCCUUAGUUGCCCUGAAGGGCAAGUGUUGCUUGAUGACAGCGAUGUUAUGGUGACCGUAACGUUGUAUAUAUGUGAGACACAGCUUUCCUGUGAUGAAUUUGAUACUUCUCCUUAGGGAACAAAACAGCAGGGUUGAGAUGUGUGCAAUGCAAGGUCAGGCUUGCAAAGUAAUGAGUACAACCAACGGACACUAGGGAGCCUAGCUUUUCUCUGCUCCUGAGCAACAUGGCUGGAAUAAAUCUAAGUUCUGUUUUUUAAACUUUGGUAUUUCAUGAUUUAUUAUCUUAGUCUCUUUUCUUACAGAGAUGUACUUAGCCUCUAUCUGAAGCUUUCUUGCAAAUGUUUUUGAGUAACCAUCUUAUGACACUACUUGUUAGAAUAAAAAAUUAUUAGUACUAAUUCCCAGAUGUGCCAAGCUGGAAGCCACCCGGCUUCUAGUGAUCUCGAGGUACAAUUAUAGCACGAAUAAUAAAAACCCAGAGACAGAAAUUGGCGUUCAGCCUGAAGGUCAGAAAAGCAGAACAGCCAGCCCCUAGCUCUUACCUCUCCCUCAGUCUGAAAUGGUGAUCCUGCCUCCAGGAAUCUCAGAAUGAGACUGGGAGCUGUCUCCUCCCAUCUUAUAUUCCUCUCUAGGGCUGGGAUUAAAGGCAUGUACCACUACCGCCAGGUUUCUGUGGCAAACUAGUGUGGCUCCUAGUGGGUGUCACCACUCCUGGUCUGUAAGGCUCGUAGGUGCAGUUGUUUUACUCUCUGAACUUCAGGCAAGCUUUAUUUAUUAAAAUACAAAUAAAAUAUCACUACAUACAAUGGCAAUGGCAGCAGUUUUUCUGCCUCUCAGGUGAUUGCAAAUUUGACAGCCAUUGUGGAAAAGCAUCUGGUCAUGCCCUGCCCUCCAAGAAGGAUUUGACCAAGAUUCCGUAAUGUCACAAACUGAUGUGCAGCAAGCGAUAAAUGAGUUGAGAUGGACUUGGAAUUCAGUGUGGCUUGGGUCUUGUCUCUGGGUUCUGAGGCAGAUAAUUGUUCCCUGAGCCUAUUGAAGCUUGAGUGAAAUGAGUGUUUUGUAAGAUAAUGCAUUUCCUAACAUUCCAAAUUUCUGGGAUUUUUAAACUUCUUAUUAAACCUUAGAAAAAUCUGCUAAUAAUGAUAUAAUUACUGGUAGUAAUUUUGUGCAUUUGUUAUUUUUGUAUAUAUUAUAUUCUAGUAAGAAUACAUAACAAUUGUCUGUUUGGACAUAUGGGCCUUUAAUUACCAUAUAUUCAGUGGCUGUAGAAUACAAUGUCUUAUUACAUGGGAAUUCCUAGGCUUUUUAAAUACCACAUUUAAAGCAGGAGUAUCAUCUAAUCAUUUGAAUUCAGUAGAUCAAGGUUAGAUGGCAAGAACUUCAGAAAGAUAAAACCUGGGUUCCUGUUAAAUAUCCUGUUUACACUGUUCCUCCUUCCCAUUUAACACAGCUCAAGCUGUAACUGAUUUUAGAUGGCUGUGGUCCUCCAGUAGCCAAACAACUAACUACUGAAGGCAUUGGUAACUGUAUCCUUUCCUGAGCAUGGUGGAGUUCAGUUAUCCUUGCACUACAGCUACAAGUUUCCGCUCUCCUUCCCUUCUUUGAAUCCUCCUGUGCGGUGGUUGUUUCUAGAAACUGUUAAUAUGCCCUGCUCUGUUCUACUCUGUCAGCUGGAACACCGACAUCUGUUGUAUUUUACAGAAGAAAAGAUGCAAAAACAGAGAGCAGCUGCUCCCUUCGGUUGGUGCUCCCAAAGACAGGGUGACAUGUCACAUCAUGCUGAUUCUCUUUAGCAGACUUUUGCCAAGGUUAGAGAUUCUGGUUCCCUAAGAACUGUAUCAUUCCUAAAGAUAAAGGUGUGAGAAACCUUUACCAACCUGAGCUGCCAGUAAUACCUGGUACAGCCAGAGGACAGGCAUAUAGCUAAUCAUAUCGCACCAUGUUGGCCUUGACAGCACUCACUAACUGUUGGCUGCUACAGGCUGGUUACGAGGUUUACCAUAUUGAAUCUUUCCAACAGACAGAAGCAAACCCCAGGAAAACUUGUCUACAAUCCAUGGCCAGGAAGUUAAAUCCUUGUGUCUUGGAGCACCUUAUCUCCCCACAAUGCAGUAAUACUUAACAGCAGCUAGAACUCCAAGUUACUCCUGUCAUAAGGCUAGAAACUUCUCUCUCUACAAGAAAGUUUGGCUGCCUGUCCAAGAUCAGUUUUUACUGAGGUGUAACAUUUAGCAUAGCACAUAUAACAUGCCAGCCAUGAAAAACACACAGAAUGUCCCUACUGAAUGUUUCUAAAGUACAGUUAGUAAUGAUGGCCCCACGUUAUUGGGGUUGACUUUCUACAAGUGCAGCUGCUGAACUACAGAGUGAGCUAUACAAGCUUCCUAGUGCACUGAGGGAUGAAAACACCUACUUUAUCUCAACUUGGGUGUCUGUCAAAAUGAUGCAUAGCCCAUGGCUACAUGAUUCUUAGAGUAGGCCUCUUUCCUGAUGCUUAGGCACAGUACAUGCUAUUAGUUAGGAGUGGCUUCUGUUCUCAGAGCAGCUUUGACCUCAGAUAGUUCUGCCUGAGCUACUUUCUAGAAAAAUCUGUAUGUAUUCUUUUAUUUCUGAUUUUUUUGGUUCUUUGAUCUCUGUGUAGCCCUGUCUGGCUCUCCUGGAACUCUCUGCAAGGUCAGCCUGGCCUUGAACUCAGAGAUCUGCCAGCCUCUGCUUCCAGAGUGCUGGGAUUAAAGGUGUGUGCCACCACUGCCUGCUCUCUCUUGAUCUUUUUUCCACAUAUAAUGGUUGUUUCUGAUAGUUGUUUUUAAUGGUUUUUUUUUUUUUUUUUUUUUUGGUUUUUCGAGGCAGGGUUUCUCUGUAGCUUUGGUGCCUGUCCCGGAACUAGCUCUUGUAGACCAGGCUGGCCUCAAACUCAGAGAUCUGCCUGCCUCUGCCUCCUGAGUGCUGGGAUUAAAGGCGUGCACCACCACUGCCGCCCUGCUAAUGGUACUUUUUGAUAGUACUUUUAACAAGACUGAAGAAAAAUCUGGCUAGCUGAAUUGAUACAAAUGGCUAUGGAGAAAUAAUAUUUGAACUGUCACUUCCGACCUCAGAAGUGUUAAACAUGGAAGCAAGUUGUUACCAUUAGAUGAGAACUAUAAGGCAGAUAAGAGUAUUCAAGUGUUAGUGUAAUGUUUUUGAUGAAAGUUUUGAUACUCAACUUUGAAAGUAGCCUUUUCCCCUUUUGACCCAUCAUUUCCAAAUUGCUGCAUGAAGAUCCUGAAGAAUGGGGCCCUGGGCACCCGCUGAGGCAGGGUGCCAUUUCUGUAGGUAUCUCACUGUUGCCAUUGCUGAAGACUUCACAGCAGUUCACAUCAGACCUGUGGCUCCCUGAGCUAAGUUCAGUUCCAUUAGCCUCACCCUGAAAGCGCUUCCUCCUAUGCCAGGCUAGGAUUUACUGUGUCCCUUGUUCCCCGUGGAGUAGUUCUAACUUGUCACUUUGAUUUUUACUUAUGUGUGCAAAGGAAAGGGGCACACAGAGGUGUGCACAUGUAUGUACAGGUGUACCUGUGGACCUUUUUUCUUUAAGCAUAUCCAUCACAUAAGGGUUUUUCUAAAACGCGUUUCUAAAAAGACUACACUGUGAUACAUCUGAAGAGAGCCUUUAUUUGAAUAUAA